CUUGAGUACCAGUAUUAAGAAAGAGCUAUGAAGUGUAUCACAAGUGUGACCUUGUUUUUUGUGUGUUUGUGAGUAUACGGAUAAUUACGUGAAUUGAGAGUGCAUCAUAGUUUGCGCUCUGUUCGUGCAAAAUGCGGACGCGCAAUUUUCCGGGGUUCUGUGGAUUUUUUAUAUUUGCAACUUGCUCUACAUUCGUAGUGCUUGGACAACUUUAUGAAUCUCCAAAAAUCUACUCGCUUCACAUAAGAACUGACAUACAGUUCCGGUUUGCCACCACACUGAUUACAAGCCGAGUGGCCAACCCAGCCAACUACUCACAGGAGACGGUCUUCGAUGUCAUCCUACCAGAAGAAGCCUUCAUUUCAAACUUCACUCUUGAGAUAGAUGGCGUUAUUUAUCCGGGGAUUGUGAAGGACAAAGAAGAAGCAAGGAAGGAAUAUGAAAAAGCGAAGAAGAAAGGAAAGACCACAGGACUUGUCAGCCAAAAACCCAGGGACACAAGAACGUUUAAAAUCAAAGUAUCAGUUGCUGCCUUUAGUAAAUCUUCAUUCAACUUGACUUACCAGGAACUACUUAAGAGAGUUAAAGGAGCGUAUGAACACAAAAUUUAUGUAAACCCAGGGUACCCUGUUAGGGAUAUACAGAUCAGCGUAGCUAUCCAGGAAUCACGUGACAUAACAAAACUGUCGGUACCACCAAUAAAAGCUCUAAAUGAGCUUCUUACAGAAGGCGAAGACUUUACAGAAAACGCAUUUGCAGUGAUAACAAGGCCUACACAAAAAAGUGCAUAUAUUGAAUAUACACCAACAAUAGACGAUGACAGCGCUGAGGGCCUGUCUGGACAGUUUAUUGUGCAGUAUGAUAUCGAUAGGGAAUUAGAUGGGGGCGACAUACUGGUUGUAAAUGGAUUUUUUGUUCAUUUCCUUGCGCCAGAUGUUCAAAAGGCCAUUCCGAAAGACGUCUUGUUCGUUUUGGACGUCAGUGGUUCCAUGACCGGACGCAAAAUAGACCAACUAAAGGAUGCGAUGUAUGUAGUUUUAGAUGAACUACAGGAAGGAGACAGAUUUAAUAUAAUAACAUUUAGUGGAAACAUAUAUCCAUACAAGUCAGAGAUGGUAGAUGUGACAAAAGAGGAUGUCUUCAAAGCCAAAGAGUUCAUACACUCUAUCAGUGCUAAUGGCUGGACUGACAUAAAUGAAGCUGUAUUGAGAGGCAUUGAUGUCCUAAAAAUAUCAAAGCAGGAAGGAGAACGCUCUCCAGUGGUCGUGUUUCUGACUGACGGACAUCCGACAUCAGGAGUACAAAAUGAUCAGAAAAUACUACAAAACAUAGAUCGGGCUAAUGAAGGAGAGAUACCUAUAUUCAGCUUGGCCUUUGGCAAAGACGCAGACUGGAAUUUGGUUAAGAGAAUGGCCAUUCAAAAUGACGGUGUUGGAAGAAAGGUAUAUGAGGAUUCGGAUGCAGAUUUACAGAUAAGUGGGUUCUACGACGAAUUAGCAGUAACAUUACUCAAUAACGUCUCGGUGAAAUACCUUGGUGACGCCGUGGACGAUGAAAGUCUCACUAAAGCCGAGUUUAAGAAUUACUUCAAAGGAUCUGAACUUGUGGUAGCUGGAAAACUGACAGACGCCGGAGCUCCUACUGUUGACCUUGAAAUAUUCAGCAAUGGCGUUGAUGGAGCUUUGGUAUUGACAGUUGAUGAGAAAUCCAACUUCAUAGAUGUGUCAGAUACUGAAAACUUAAUGGAACUGACGGAUUUCAAAGAAAUAACAGAGAAAACCUGGGCUUACUUGACCAUUAAACAACUGCUCCAUAGAGCUGAAGGAGAACUAAACAAGACCGCCGUUGACGUCAUGAAGAGUAAAGCAAAGGAAUUAUCUUUACGGUAUGGUUUUGUUACACCGUUGACUUCAAUGGUAGUGACAAAACCGGAAGUGGAUCCUGAUGAGUGGAGGCCACCACCGCCUCCGACGACACCCAAACCGACGACAACGACGACGAAGAGGGUUUAUUACCGUCGAGGAGGAGGCGGAGGCGGGGGAUAUGGUGGGGGUGGUGGUGGCGAUCCCCACUACAUGAUACGUAUAAAAAAUAUGGAACACCCGAUUUGCUUUGAUGUUCAGAGUGUUGAUGGGGAGGUCCAUAACCUCAUCACCGAUCCUAGAAACAAAAUCACAGUAAACACACAAAUUAUAAGCGGAGAGAUAGGUAUACAUGGUGAACCAAAGACAUACAUUGGCGAAGUGGCAAUACAGACAUCCAAUCAUAUCAUAGUCAUAACACCGGGUGCCAUCAUUUUCGAUACAAAGGUUUUCCCGUGGACAGAAGAAAAGUUGAAGCGUUUUGGAGGACAUGAAUUUAUGCUGUCAGAUAAGGGUCACCUGUUAACAGUUCGAUUCAAGUUCGGAGUGGAAAUUCUUAUUAGGCGCCAUAUGCACAAAGCAACAGAUACCAGAGCGAAUUAUCUGAACAUUUAUGUAAAGCAUGAAGAUGGAUUCAGCAAACAGACUACUGGUUUAAUUGGUCAGUUCGUCAACGGAUAUAAACAUGUUUAUUUACGUAAGCAAUUCCAAAAUAAGAGCGGACAGACAGUGGCUAAACUGCAGAUAAAAGAAGGGGCUAAGUUUCCAACAGGAAAUCAUGUCAUUGCUGAAGACGACGGACAAACACGUUACAGAAUUGCUGCCAAGCUGGCCAAAAGGACGGAUGUUAUAGAACAGGGAACAGAAAUGUGUUGGAUGGUUCACAAGAAGUUUGAAAAAUCACUCUACGGUAGCCGGGAAUCCUUCCUAAGAAGCGACUUCAUUGACAUUCAGUAAUGACAGAAAUAUUUGUAUGCUUUGUGCAUAUGUUAUUUUUUCAUGUUAUGAAUGUCAUACAUGAGGCUAACUACUCAUAUAUUGUACAAAGUUUAUUUUGAAUACAGCGCAUAAGUGUUUGAUUGGUCGGCAUUAAAUCUCACGCAUUGAACUAUUAGAUACAUACACUAAAUAUUAAAUCUAUGUUAAAACUAUCGGUAUAGAGUACGUACAUCCAGUAGGGGCGAUUUAGUGUUAGCAUUGUUUGAUUUGCAUGUCACAUGUGUGCAUAACAAAGUCCUAAGGUUUUAUCGAAGUAUUAGGGUAUAUUACACACUUAGCAUUGCGUGGAAUUUUUUAUUUUUCUUCUCAUGAUCCAGUGUUACUAGAUAUAAAACUUUCAUUCAUACUGUUCUAUAUAUUCAAAUUACAAGAACAAAACACAUUACAUUGACAUAAACAUUUGAGUUUAAAAUCAUGAUAAAUAACUUGACCAGCUAAAACAUACAAUACAAAUUGUUUGAUCAACAGAAAACAUAUCGGUAUAUUUCGCGUUUGUUUACUGGCAACUUUGGUAUUUCACAUUCUGGUCAAUUUUGAAAGAAAGAAAUCUAUUUUAAAUUCAAAAUGUUUACUUAUACAUGUUAUAGAGAGUUAUAAAAACAUUGUUUCUUACAUUUGCUUCUUUCGUCUGGACAAAAUUAUUUACGUGGGAAAGCUUUGGGGCAGGUAAGAGGUCCUCCUCCGAGAAAUUCUGAAAUUUAUAAACGUCAUAUUCUGAAUUCUAGAGGAAUAUAUGGUCGUCGGUUACUGUAGAAGUGAUUUAAAUUAUGACGAAUUAGGACUUGUUUGUGUGUGUGUGUGGGGGGGGGGGGGGGGAGAGACAUUUUUUGGUAGGUAUUUUAUGAUUGUGUGAGAGCCCAGUGGGAGGUGAAACCUUACAUAGUUCUGAAUAUUUCAAAUGCCAAAUACGUCCUUCCAGUAAGAUUUAAGAAUAAUAUUGUCAGUAUCGUCAUAUCAUACAUGCAUCAGUUGUAUUUUUAAAAAUUGAUGGACAUUAUCUUUUGCUCUAAAUAAAUACUCUCUAAUACUCUCAAAAUUACAUCAUAUGUAGCUGUAUUUUACUGAAAUCAGUCUUGUACUCUUCUUCAGUAGUGUUUAAUAUAUAAAAGUGGAUGGAAAUAGUGUUAUACCUUAACAAAGAGAGUUAUGUCAUGAUGUAUCUAUGAAAUAUUAUCUUUAAAGAAAAUUAAAAGCAAACAAUACGGCUACCAUCGUAAUAUAAAUAUUUUUAUAUGACCAUUGGCCAGAAAAAAACAACUUUUCAGUAAUUUAAGGACACGAUGUUUUGUUUUUAUUUGUUAAAUCCAUGAUCGAAUUAUUUUUCAGUCAGAUUGUUUUCUGUUUUUCAUAAAAGCCAAAGAACUUCCUCGAUCCCAAUCAAUAUCAAAUGAUGGCCUUUAAUGUGAGCUAGAUUAUUUUUAAACAAUGAUGCUUUUAAUGUCUUCCUUUUCUCGGUCGUAUUUCUUAUCUGGAAGAUUUCUGUAUUUAUUUUUCAACAGGCAGGCCUCCAUGUUUUCUCAAAGUUUAGAUUUUUUUUUCAUUUAUCACUUACUGUAAAUAAAAAGUAAAACAUAA